AUGACUACUUCUUACAUCGACAACGAGACCCCAAGAGAGUGCAGCUCAGACAAGUGCAGUUCCUCGGGAAUCCCAACUCCACAACUCUCGCCUCAAUUACGACCAAACAGUCAAUCCGAUUCUGGGAAUGAGCCGCUGCCAGCCCAAAGUUCGGGGGCACCGGAUUCCAAUGUCAAUACCGUAGGGUAUGAAGGCUUUCAAUUUUUUAAAGCAGACCCUCUGCCUGGACAGAAGGCAACAUGGAGCCGGGUGGAGCGCACUCAUAUGCACCUCAGCCAGAGUGAAUUCUAUAAAAUGGUUCACAAGCGUGCGAAUAAAGUCUCAGCCGCGCAGCAGUAUCAGAACCUGUCAGAUACUCGACGUGCUCAUGUGAAUCAAUUGAUCCACGAGCAGCGUCGGAACGACCCAUCCAAUGAGUGGAGCUGUGUCUAUGCGAAAGAGUGUGACAGAGCAUCUAAGCCCCGAAACGCUCAUCGUGACGACUACGAAACUGUCUCCAUGGAUGUCAUCCUCAUGAGAAGACCCAUGAAGACCAAAUUGUACCCUAGAACGGCCAUGGGGGAUUUGGUGGACCUUGGGAUGACUUUUACUAGACAGGAUUCUAACAGACCAUCUGCAAUCAUGAUGCCUUCAGGCUACCAGGCAGUACCGCCAUUCUUGCCGGGUCAAAAGGUUGGCCCAGGCUACGUGGUUCAAGGACCGCUGCAACGGCCGGUGUCAGUUACCUCACCUUUUAAUAGGCUUGAUUUGGGACACCCGUCAACAGAAGAUCAAUAUAGAGGUAUACAUAGUCAUAAUAUACCCGAGAAGGAGAAUCGAAUCAUCGACAAUCAGUCAAUCUGGUCCUCUGAGGAAGCUACCAGUGACGAUGACGACGAGUCAAUGAUAUUUGAUGAGUCUCAAUCUGAUGUUAGUUCAGAAACGGAGCAUCCUGAUGGCAUCAAUUGUGAGUGUCAAGAGCCAUCAUCUCACCAAGAUCUGGCUACUCCUCGACAACGCUCUUGUAGCCCUGGUCACCGCGAGGCCCCAGUGGCUAGCCAUGGGCCCCAACAUCGUCGUCGGUCAGUCAGCCGUAAUAUGGAUCGGAAGUUGGAUAGGUAUCAUCCUUUGCGCUAUUACAAUUUAGAUAUGAUGGCAGCAAAGAACAGUCUGCCCGUUAAGAGGGCCAGGGGCUCCUCGGGGAUGGGAACAGACGCUAAUAAAACAUGGGAAAAGAAAUAUCGAAUCCAACGGAUCGAUGAUGAAGAACUACGAAGUCGUCUGCUUGACUGUGAAGCUCGAAUUGAGCAAUGGGAGAGAGCCUUUGAGAACCAGACUCGAGUACUGCAGAAAACCAUGAAGGAUUCUCGUCAAUUACAGCGCCGGAGAUCUUUCUGGGAUUUCUCCUCAAUGCGUCACUGCGGAUGUGAUUGCACUAAGACUGGUGUCAUGGGGAAUAAUAAAUAA